AUGUGUUCCAAUCCUAACAUCAAGUAUCCAUCAAUAAAUGUAAUCUCUCCUGAUGAGUUAGUGAUUGCAAAUGUUGAAUCCAUAGGGAGUGGUGUCUUUGGCAAUUGUUUUGUAAAGGCAUUUACACGACUAGGCAUAAAUGUGGUUGAAAAGCAGCUCAAUAAUGGUGAUAUUGAUCAGCUAUAUAACGAAGCAAAGCACAUGCAAGUCUUUUCCCACCGAUGUAUACCACAUCUAUUUGGAAUACAGGUAGAGAGAAAACCAUUGUCACUGAUCAUGGAAUUUGUGGAAGAGAACAACCAGUCGAUGACAGUGUACAAGGUGUUGUAUGAUCCAACUCCAGAGAAAACAAAAUUGGGUAUGUCCAUAGCAGACUGGCUUUGCAUCUGUUAUGAUAUUGCAGAUGAGUUAGAUCAUAUGCACCAGAAAGGCUAUUUACACUGUGACCUAAAAACAAAUAAUGUUUUGAUCUCCAAAAAGAAGGGCUAUAUUAUUGACUUUGGUAAAGUACGUAAGAUUACACACUCUUCUGCCAAAAAGUACAAAGAAGUCUUUAGCCAUAUUGCACCAGAGGUACUUCAAGGCUUUCCUGCGACCACAGCCAGUGAUGUGUAUUCUUUUGGAAAAAUCUUGAAAGCCAUUGCACAAGAGGUUAAUAGUACUGUACUGCUUCAGUUAGGUAAAACAGCCAUAAGUAGCGAUCCCAGGAAAAGGCCAACUCUUCUAGGACUACUGAUUGCUCUCAACGCAGAGAAAAUUCACUGA